UUCAAGAAGGGGUUAAAAUAAGAAAGUGUACAACUUUCAAUUUGAUAAAAAGACUCUGUCAAUUGUUGUAGAUAAUAUUGUAAUAAUGUACAUUUUUAUCUCGGGUCGGAUGAUGUGCCAAGUUUGAUUGGACAUUUUCUUAUCUUUUAGAUAAGCGCGCGAUUGAAUGUAAUCAAUGCGCCCAAAAAUAUCGGGCACUAUUAUCUCUUGGAAUUGUUGUUAGAGUUAAAAAUCAAAUACAUGUUUAACUAUUCUUGUAGAUUUCACACGGUUGUAUUUUAUUGUAUUUUUCUCUUUCUACUAGUAUCACUCUACUAAGAGUUUAAAAUGCAACGUAGUACUUCGCGUAGCUCAAGCUUAUAUCGAGAUCAUCAGCAUCAAGGUAGUCAAGGGAGUCACGGGAGUCAUGGUGUUCCUUCGCACGCAUUUGAAAAGAAGCCGUCAUUAAUGAGGUCCAUUUCAUCCAAUAAUGUCCAUGGUGGAGUCUCAUAUAGGAAUAAAAAUAUUCCAAUGAUUCUGCAUUUGAAGCGAUGGAACACUUCAACUGAUAUAACGAAAAGAAAUCAUUCUGAUGAUCAACUAAAGAGUGAAAGCCAAAACUUAAACCAACAUCACCAACCACACCAACACCAAAAUAGUCAAUUACAUCGGUCAAAUUACACCUCAUCUACACAGCUUCAUUUACAUUCACAUUUGCAUUCCCAUGUUCACCCUCAUUCAAAUAAUUCAAUAUCUUCCAAUCCACACAGCCUCAGCCUAACUACCAACACCCACAGUAACCGUUCACAAUCUAGCGCUGCUCAUAAUAGUAUGCAUUCACUAGUACCGAUGGGUGUAUAUCAAAAGAUGCCAUCUUCCUAUCAAAGUCAACUGGAUGAUGAUUCAGAUGAAGAUUCCGCAGAUGGAGAGCAAGCGGCAUCUACCACCACAACGUCUCGAUUAGACGAUUAUUUGUUCUAUCCUCAAGUGGAUAAUUCAAUCAAAGAGAAUACAAUCUCACCUCAAGAUAUCAAGGAAGCACUUGCUGAAAUUCAGGAUUUCCAGAAUAAUUUUGUGCAAAAAUAUUCCAAUGAUCCAGGUACUGAAGAUAAUUCUAUACAAACACCUACAACGUCCUCUUUAAGUAGAACGCAACAAAAAAUAUUGGACCACAAGGAACUUGCUGAACUUAAACCAAGUCUGAAUAAUUCUCUUGACUAUAAUAUGAAAAUGCAAAAUGAAACAAUCAUAUCACAAUACACUUUAAUACGAUUAAGAUUCACCAACAGUUAUAUGGGUGUAUUAGGCUAUCUUAAGCGAUCUAUAGGUAGUGAAAAUUCUAUGGGCACCACUAAUAAUUCCACAUCUUCAAUGAAUGGAUAUGGUGACCAACCAUCUACCACAGAAUCACCAACAACUCAAUCAAUCAAUACGAAUCAACCUUUCUACAUCACCAAGGAAAAUAAAGACCAAUACCUUCUGGAUCUUUGGAACUCAGAGAUGCAAGUAUUUGAAAAUACGGGAUAUUUAGAGGAUAAUGCAGCACUAUCUGUUCAAUCUUCAGUGACGUUAGAACCAUCAUUUUCACUGAAUGGUAUGACAUCUGAAGAUGAAGGAAUGGAAAGAAGUAGAAGUGUUUCCGAAAUGGCUCGAAGUGUUCAUCUCUUAUCUGGAAUAUAACAAUAUAGAAACUGUCAGGGAGUGAUUUCAAAGAAAGAACACCACAAUAAAAUAGAUGCCCUUACCUUAAAUUUAGUCUUAAAAAAAAAAAAAAAACUAUCAAAGUCUUGAUAUCUAAUUGGGACCAAUUUUAAAAUAACAGAAUCGUAAAUACUCCGUC